UUGUCUUUACGACGUUGGCAAUCCUGAUGCGCAGUUUACCUAAGUGGUGGGGCAGGGAACGCAUGCGUACUCGUUUCGCGACGCAACAGUCGUAAACAACAUUUUUUCCAUUCAGAUUCAUCACGAGUUUACGCUUGCACGUUAAAUAGAGCGUCCUGGCUGACGCACCACAAUUUUUCCGCGUUUUCGUACGAUUUCGCGGAAAAAAUGGGGCCGAGCUUGCUCGCUCAGUGUACGUGAUACGUAAACUUAUGGGUUUCUGGCAUGCGGUGACGUCAUCCGGAUCGUUCUGGAAGAACCCUGCAGGACAAUAAUGGCGGAUUUGUAUGCUAAAUACAACUGCACCUAUUGUCAAGAGGACAUCACGGGUUUACGUGUAAGAUGUGUGGAAUGCCCGGAUUUCGACCUCUGCUUGCAGUGUUUUUCCGCCGGAGCUGAAAUUGGUCCACACAAAAAUGAUCACUCUUAUCAGUUUAUGGAUUCUGGUACCAUUAGUAUAUUUAAUGGUAGAGGAAAUUGGACUGCUAGGGAACAACUUAGACUCUUGGAUGCCAUUGAACAAUUUGGUUUUGGAAACUGGGAAGAUAUUAGUAAACAUAUUGAAACACGUACGCCAGAAGAAGCAAAAGAAGAAUAUAUUGCCAGAUACCUUGAUGGCAAUAUUGGUAAACACACAUGGCCACCAACAGAAAGCUAUAGACCAAAUCUUAUGGAUCAAACUAAGUCAGAUCAUGGGCCUCUGUCACCUGAUCUUACAUCUCGGUUACCACCAUUGGAUAUUACUCCCGAGGAAGCUGCACAAUUGGGUUACAUGCCACAACGAGAUGAUUUUGAAAGAGAUUACAAUCAUGAAGCAGAGUCGCUCGUAUCGUCGUUAUUCCUGAAUCCAGCAGAGGAUGAUGAUUUGGAUAUAGCAUUGAAACUUGCGCAAGUUGACAUGUAUACAAACAAUUUAAGAGAAAGAGCACGUCGGAAAAGGGUAGUGCGCGACUAUCAGCUUGUGUCAGCAUUCUUUUCAUCGUCGAGGAAAGACAAGGCGUUAAAAAGGAAGCAAACAAAGGAGGAAAGGGAAUUUAGGGACAGAAUGCGGGCAUUUGCGCAGUUUUACACAGCGCAGGAGUACGAGCAGUUUUUAACGAACCUCGAGAGGGAAAGAGAGUUGCGUUUGCGUCUUACUGAAUUGUAUCGUUAUCGGGAACAUGGGAUUUCGAGGCACGAGGAAUGCGCUCAUUUUGAGCAAGUAAUUGCACAAACUCAGGGACAAAAUGACGCAGCGGAUCAUUGGAACGAAAAAAAAUCUGGCAGCAGUGGGCCGUCCACACCAAUACACCGCCACACCUCAAAAAAAAGAGAAGAAGAAAAAAGUUACUCUUCCAUCGACCGAAAGUACACUGCAAAAGACUUACCCAGCAGCAGCUCCUCAAUCAGUCAAACCAGUCUCAAUCGGACGACGACUCCAGCCAAUCAGUGGGCGGAGCCGGAUAACAAUCUGAAUUCUUCCAGCCAGCACUCUACCAGCUCCAGUUCUACCGUAGAAAAGAACUACACUGCGACAACUUCCGGGAAAUCUUGUCCGGCGGCUGGGGACUCGGAGGAGCGAGACAUAGAAUUGGAAACUGCGGCUCAUUUGUUAACAAAGCAAGAGAAAUCGUUGUGUAUCCAGCUUGAUCUGAAGCCAACGCAGUAUUUAACGCAGAAAACGUUGUUGUUGCAAGAGUAUCUAAAUGGUAAUAGGAGAUCUGGCGUUGUACCUCAGUCGGAACCAGAGCGUAAGAUACUACAUUAUCUGGUAACAAAUGGCUGGAUCGCGGCCAAUUGAUAAAAAUAUGUAAAAAGUUUAAUGACCAUUUCAACUCUAAGUCACCUUCUAUCUUGAAAACUAAGUCUUAGGUAUAAUUGAAAUUCGAGUCUGAUUUAAUUAACGUAUAUAAUAGAGCAGGUAGAGAGAGAAUGUGCGUGCGUGUAUAGUUUAUCGCGUAAAGAUUAUCGAAUCUUAUAGUUCUUCAGUGAAGUUACUAAAUAGCGAAAAAUCAGGUGAUCGUAUUGGAAGAGAAAUUGUUACAAACUGAGAAGUUUGUUUAAUAAUUUCAACGUGUCUAUAAAAUCGCACUCAUUAUUUUGUUAAGGAAAACAAAAUCGAUUACUAUCUCAGAUUAUUGUAGAUAUAUCAGGAGCUUGUAUGUUUAAGCUGAUUGUAACAAUUUCGUCGCCAACCAUCGACACUGAUAAUUGCUUUCCAAGAAUUCAGGUAUUAAAUUAUCAUCGCUGUUAUGCGCGAAAUGAUUCCUUGAACUAAAAUCGAGUAUUUAGUUCAAACGAGCAUCGUUGUUUUAGGUUUCGUUUAUCUUUUAGUGUAUAAUUAGGAAUUAUUUAACACUAUUCAAGAAAAUCGCAUACACUGCCUUUAUAGAGCCAUUGAAAGUAUUGCUCAAUUAAUUCUUCCACUGUAAUAUUUUCUUGUACAGACUACUAGGUGCACAUACUCCUUUCUAUCUGUUUUGAAUGUGAUUUGUUACCAUACUUGACAAUAAGGAAAUGUGGGGGGUACUCUGCAUUAGUUGAAAUUAGGUUGUUCAGUUCGUUGCGACAAAAAAAAUCUAAUUGAAUCAUAAUCUCCAAGAAACCUAUCAAAUCUAGGUUUCAUUUAACAGUGAUCGAAACGACAAGUUACCGGAUGGGUAUGUAUAAAAAUAUUUAAUUGAAUAAAAACAACACCGUAAAAUAAUUAUGUAGUUGGGAUUCACGGUAGUAUUGAAUAUUAAUUAGUUUAACGAUAAAUAAAAUGUCGUUGAUGAUGGAAAAGCAUGCAAAAACAUAGGUGGUCCUUAACGUUCCGUUAAAAUGUGUCUAUUAAAACGUUUCUAAUAAUUUGACACGUACGUGAUACGUAACACGGAAGUAAAUAUAUUUUGUUCUGCAAUCGUCGAAUUUCUUUAAACAACGUGAGAAAUUCCUUAUUGAUGAGGGAUGGUACAAAGAACAGAUCAUAAGGACAUUUGUUAUCACCAUGAAAUAUAUGAUAUUAGGUAAUUUAUUUGUUGCCUGUGUAAUAUUUGUACAUAACGAUGAAAAAAAUAGUACCUUUCUAGUGAUACUACUUCUAAAGCACAAAUUAUGGUGGUAACCUAAAUGAAAGCGUUUAAAAAGCAUAUAGUGUGAUAAUGGUGGUGUUCUAGGCCAAACUCAUAUUGCAGAAAAGACAUAAGAACUUAAGACAUUUUAAAGUUCUAAGUAAAGCAAUUAUUUUCAGUUGCUUAUAAAAUACUAGCAGUAAAACCAUAGCUUCUAACUAAAAGAAAGGACAAAAAAUAGCUGUGCCGUAGUGUGGGGUGUGAAUGGGUGAGUUGGAGUCGGGUGUUCGAAACGGGAAAACAAGUCGAUCGAUUGCUAGGUUGCGAAGAAGACUAGUGCAGAAUUCGUGCAGUUUUUGUCUCAAGGCGUGUGUGUAUAUGGGAGAUCAGGCGAAGGCAGAGCGAUUGGGAGCUUCAGAGCAAGCGUGUGCACAGUAAAGCGACUAUUUUUGUGUUUUUAAUAAAGUUUUGAUAAGAAGUUCGUUACGAUCAUUGCUCUAGCAGUCAGCCAUAUCCUAUAAAUCUUGGAUCAUUGGUAUUUAACAGAUUUUAUUCCUCUUGUCCUCUCGAGAAUAGCAUUCCUCCUACUCAGUGUCUUUUCUUCGGUGAUCCUAACACGUAAAGAAGGGUUCGCUGAAAUCUGUUGCAUAAUGCAUACCAGAUUAAAGAAGACAUCCCUAGCCUGUCCCAGGAUGUUGACAAGGUUUCCAAAUUCCUGGCACGUUGUGGGAGGUUCAAUAGAGACUAGUUCUCCCGCCAAUACCUUAACAUUGUAUGGCCCUACGUAUUCCUAUCCUCUAAACCUCUCGUUGUCUUGACUCUGAUAGAGAACUGGUCAAGCAAUAAGGCUUUUCUAGUGUUUCCAAAGGACUUGGAAGCAAAUCCAUCCUAGUUGUCUUAAUCAAGACCUCCUCUAACGAGCCCUCAAAGUUGGAAACGUUGUGAAAAGCAAGAGCCAGUUGUGUUGAGAAUUUUACUGCCCCAUCUUGAUGAGCUUUCACGUCGUUAAGGAGACUUGUGCCGUGAUUUUUGUCUCCAAAUCCUUGAACGAUGAUGUGGAAAAGAGUUAUCAAAGCCGCUAGGUCUAAGAUUACUUCGAUCAUAUUGUAUCCUAUUAAAAAAGGAGAUAUCUUCUCGAUGGACGUCCAGAGAUCGAAAGUGAGCCUCAAAUAAAGUUUCUUUUUAUCAAAAUUUUAUUAAAAACACAAAAAUAAUCUCCCCAAUUGCUCUGCCAUCGCCUGAUCUCAAAAGCUGCAUGAAUUCGAUCGAUCUGUUUUCCCGUUUCGAACACCACCGGUCGCUCGCACAUUCACACCCCACAGUAUCUUCCGUUGAAAAACAAUACUUAUUAUGGCGUAUUGCUUAAAUAGCUAAGUGAUGAAAUAGGGAAAUAGCUGCUCAUAUUUUUUACGGAGAGUAGAAGACUAUUCCCUUUUAUUCGGUGUAGAUUAUUUUCUGCAGACUUGCGUAAACAGCGAAUUGUUUAUACAUAGGCGUAAAAGAAUUUUUGUAAUGGACGCGCACUCAUUUCUUAAAAUACUAUGUUUUUUCGUCGCCUGGGCGGCACAGAAAGGUCGAUCGACGUAAGUUGAGUUUCAUGUCGCGCGAAUUUUAGUAGCGUAACAACUUUAAUUUUAUCUAUGUUCCGUCGCGUUACUAAGUUCCGCAGUCCUUUGUAAGCCACUUGUGUCGUUCGCUUACCAAGCUUGAAUGAUAGUGACUAAGCUUGUACACAUUUUUAUGUUCUGCGCUGCGAGAAAACCGCAGAAUCGGCUAGCCUGACGUGUAUCGACUGUAAUAUUUGUAUAAGAGAUGGUCCACUACGAAAUAGGCUGUUCAACUGCGCAAACACAAGGUGUCUUGUAACUCGCGAACGAUCAGAUCUGAUCGUUGUUAAGAUUUCACGGUACAUCGAGAGUUUCGAUUAAACAUUGUUUUCGUUGAUUUUGCAUUUACGAGCGCAGGCGAAGCCAUAAAAACACGAGUUCUUGUACUACAUUUAUUUACAAUAUUUUAUAUUUAUUUAUGCAGAGCGAGGCACAGAAGCGAAUAUCUCCAAAAGUAUUGAUAAUACGAUUAACGUGCCUUACGGGCUCGAAUGUUCUCAACAUAUUAUCGAACCAUGUAAAUACACAUGUUUUUCUUGCAUUCGUCGCGACAACGCUGUCAACCGUCGUUACUUGUCAAAUCCACCUCGGUAAUUCCAUCCGAAUCGUCAGGUUUCCUCCUCGAAUCGACUUGUUCGCGUUACUGUAAUGCAAGGUGGACCAAUUAAACGGGGGCGCACCUAAAUAUCGACGUUGUAUGAAAAAGUUCAAUUGUUGGAAGGAUCGAACAAUAGGAACUUUUCUCCAAGGUUACGUUUUUGGAGAAAUUUUAUUGUCACUGGGUACAUGUACACGUUCUCGACUUCAGCAUUUUAUUGUUUUAAAUUAAUUUUUUUUUUUGUAGUAGAGUCGAAAAUUAGUCGACGUGUUUGCGUCGUGCCAUCUUCGCGAUGGUUUGUUUUUUCUUAGAUUUCCCAUUUGACCUCGACGAAUCUCCACUUUGUUACACUCCAUUUUUGUACAACUGUCUUUUACAAUGAAAAUGGUAAUGCAGUAUAUCGAUAAAAACUAUUUUGUCCCUUUAAGUAUGUUUUUUUUUACCAACCUUGUUGAUUUUCGCGUUAAAUCUCGUUUCAGGUAAGUUAAAAUAUUCAACGUCGACGACUACGGGUCGAGUUUCCGUUAAAAUAUCGUCGAUUAAUUAGAAAUAUACUUCGUUCGCUGCGUUCUCAUUUUUUUAAGUAAUUUAUAAAACGAUUAACAAUCUUUUUAAAUUUGUUAAAUUUGUUUAAGCGAUCAUAUGUUCCGCGCAUACGUAAGUGUAGUUUACAUCCAACAAUGACUAUUACAAAGCCCAAGGGGGGUUACAGAAAGAAAAACAGUUCUAGUCUGAUUGAUUAUUCAUUUUUCAAAUAUUCAUGAGUCAGUAAUCAGCACUUCAUCAUCUUAAGUGAUUAAACAAUUUACCGAAUAAUUAUUAUUAAUGUAUAUAAUUGUUGUUUUUCUAUACCAUUUAUCACGAUUGACCUUAAAUUACGUCAUUGGACACGUCAGACUGGUGAUCUACAAUUACGCAUAUUGGAAAUCGUACUGUUUCAUUUUUCAGAUAGGAAAAAUGUAUAUUUAAACUUGGCCUUACAUUUGUUUCGUAUUAAUAUUUUUAGAGAUAUUUACUUUGACAAGUUCGUUCAAUAAUUGUUAAUGGAGACUGACAAUACGAAAACCUCGUUCGUUGUAUACUGUUGACAACUAAAGAGGGAUAGAGCAACGAGUGAAAUUGGAGUUGGGAGCAAUAAGUAGUGAUAAUAAUAGGUAGAGCGAGGAUACUCUGUAUAAAUGGAGUUUCUUUUUAUUGGAUCGGUUGCCUUGAUAAUUUCCAAGAAUUUCCAGCUCCGUAACGAUCAUCGAGAUUCACGGGAUCCAAUGUGUUAUUACGUUUUUACUUCUUCGAGGAUGUGUACGUUUGUUUUUGUUUUUUUUUUUUUUUAAUUGUACAGUAUAUUUUAGUAUUUUUAAAUUCGUCUGAAAAUGUUUGUUAUUUUAAUUUUUAACGUACACUUUAACGAGAAAUCGGUCCUCGUGUGUGUCGCGAGCGACGAGACACCUUGCGUAGACGAAGUUACCUUUAAACAAAGAAGUGGUCAUUACGCCUUCCUGUAACUACUUCGAACAAUAAUAUAUAAAUUUCUGAACAAAUUCUGAUAGAAAGAAUCGCAGCAACUUUGUAACGAAGCAGACACUGUAUUUUAACUUUUAUAAAGUUUAGUAAAGUCAUUCGCACUAAUGAUAAUUUUCGUUGCGUUCGGAGAUGAUGAAGCGAGGAGAGUAUUCGUGAAAUUAUAAAAGAACGAUUGCGGAUCGCCAAAUUUGAAUCAUUUCGAAAUCGAUGUAACGCUACUUCGAGGAAUCGGUGCGACACACAAUGUGUUCGUUGCACCUAAUUGUUUUAGAAACACGACGAAAUUAAAUAUUUCGAAGCAAAAAAAGGCUUUCAAAUCUCGUACUCGAAUGAAACGGUCGUUAAUGUAUAAAAUAAACUGUACAAUAGGUAUUUUCCCUUAAAGCAAACGCCUUUGUUUAUUUCCUUAAAUCGAACAAGCGAAAUGGAUCGAUCAAAUUGUUGAAGUCGCCUGUACUUGAAACGAGAAUAUCGAAUAAUGAAAUUCGGAAAUUUAAUAGCUUAAGCAGGAUUUUAAAAGUAAGCAGAGAUCGUGUGGUCGUGGUAUGUAGAUUUUAGAUCAAGACGGAAGUAUUAAUCAACGGAACAUACGUGACUUCCAAGUCGAGACGGAAGUAUUACGUUCCUUUGAGUUCGAUACUUCCGUCUUGAUCCACACGCCAUUGAUCUUGGAUCUACAUGUCUCGGAAGCCUGAUUUUUAUUUAGAUUCUUGCUUUUUAAAAUACGAUCCGACUCUUAAUAAUAAGUUCCUUUAAUUAUUGAUAAUUUGUACAUUUUUUUUUAAAGACACUCGUCUGAAACAAUUAACACCUCGAGAAAGGAAAGUAACUUGUGCUUUUCCAAUUGUUCCAUGCGACUUAAAUUAUUAUUUGUCAAUUUUUGUAAGGACUUUCUCGACUCUUAAGAAUUAUUAUCUUUUGUAUUUACUUGCGUAAAACGUUUACAGUUUCGCGAGUCGCUACAUUCCCAAUAUUGUGCAUUAUUUUAUUCGCGUGUUCCCAUAAUUGUGUACAAUUUAUGUUAAUUUUGUACGCAAACUUAUUAAUUCAACAGACGUUUUACACUCUACGUCCUUAGGCUAUUAUCGAGUUAGUCUCAUCGUUUUCUUGCGUGGCAACAUGUAGCAAUAACUUUUCCUAAAUAAUGCAUAAUUUAAAUUGUGUAGGAGCGUUCGCUUGAAACGUACGAUUGUAUCAUCUUAUUUAUCGAUAAGUGUGAUUUAAUUUAUUAUUGGCUUUGAUUUCAGCGAGCAUACGAGCACCAUCGUUAUUCAGUUUGCGUAGUAACUAUCACGGUAAUCAAUCUCCAAGGCGUGACGCACGGCAAAGACAGCAUAAUCAGAACACUUUACGAAUAAAAUUACAUAUACAACCGAAUACAAUGACACGGUUACAAUCGAAACAAAUGCAAGCGAUACGUUACGUCUAGACUCGUCAACAUUUCUUGGAUCGGAGGCCUCUGACAACACCAUAAUUUUUUCCUUUUCUUUUUUCUUACACUUAUGCGACCUUCGUUGUUCGCUCGAGCAACGAGUGCAUUUCCCAUUGCCUUUUUCGAUCUUAUUAC